CGAAUUUUUUGUACCAUUACUUGGUUGUUCGAGCUAAGAUCGCAAAAUGCUGAAGACAUUUAGCUCGAUUUCUCAGUAUAUUAAGAUCGAUAUCCAUCGCGUGAUCAUCGACAACUUUGUGUUCAAACUUCAUUAUCGUCUAAGCUUUGUCAUAUUGCUGGCAGCCACUUUGCUCAUAACCUCGCGCCAAUAUAUCGGUGAACAUAUCCAAUGCAUAUCGGACGCCGUGGUUGCCCCCGUGAUCAACACCUUCUGUUUUUUCACCCCAACCUUCACAGUGGUCGGUAAUGGUACGGCGCCCAACAAGAGUCUCCUCUCUCAGCAAGGCAUUCGACCCUAUGACAGGGAAACGGAUACCAUUAAACGCCAUGCCUACUAUCAGUGGGUCCCAUUCGUGCUGUUUGCCCAAGCCAUCUGCUUCUACAUCCCGCACGCUCUGUGGAAGAAAUGGGAGGGGGGACGCAUAAAGGCUCUGGUAUUCGGCUUGCGCAUGGUCGGCCUGGCUAAGUACCUAAAGGGCAAGAGUCUGGAUGUUGAUAAUCUCAAUCUGCCCUCAAUCGGAUUUGUAGAGCAGCGCGUUAGGGACAUUCGUCGCACAAUGAUCGAUCGCAUGCGCCUGAAUCAAUCGUGGGGUGCACAUCUUGUCUUCUGCGAGACGCUUAAUUUAUGUAAUCUGCUGCUGCAAAUCUACUGGACGAAUAGUUUCCUCGGCAAUCAGUUCAUCUCGCUGGGUCCCAAAGUGCUUCGAGAACGUUGGGUGGACAAAGUGGACAUUCUGGACAUUGUCUUCCCCAAAAUGACGAAGUGCACGUUUUUUAAGUACGGUUCGGGAGGCUCCCUGCAGGAGCACGAUACACUCUGCGUCAUGGCUCUCAAUAUUAUGAAUGAGAAGAUCUAUACGAUUCUCUGGUUCUGGUAUGCCGUUCUCCUCUGCCUCACCAUUCUGGGUCUGAUCUGGCGUGUCCUUACGUUGUUUAUGUACAAAAACUUGUUCUUCAGCAAGUGGUCCCUGUACUGGGCCAAGCCGGGCCGCCUCGAUGAUAAAGAACUGUCAGCUGUCAUAGAGAAGUGCAAUUUCUCCAACUGGAUGUUCCUAUUCUUCCUGCGCAGUAAUCUCUCUGAGUUCAUGUUUAAGAAGAUCAUCUAUCAUUUGGCCAGCGAGUUUCCAGAUCCAUCGGACGACAACAUCAUUAACGCUAACUGGGCGCGUAAGCGAGAGCACGAUGAUGAUGAUGGCAUAACCAGCUACCCAAAGCUGGACACCAUCGAUGCACCUCUUUUGCAUCAACGCCCUACAGCUGCUACAGGCGGUGCACAGGCAGUCUAACCCGAAAUAAUUUAUAUUUACUAUAUAUUGUUACAUGUAUUAUUUAGGUUCUAAGUCUUCCCAGUUAUAAUACCUUAAUUUUUAAGUCAAGUUUUUUUUUAAAUACUUGAGAGCGGCAUAAACUUGGUUCCAAUCAAAAACCAGAAGGGAAUGCUAAAGUCGA